AUGGAAGAUUACUUAAGAGACAGCCCAUUCGAGGAGUCGACCCAGAACGACCCUUCCAAGUUCAAAGGCUACGAGUCUUACAUGAACCCUUCGCUGGGACAAGAAGGAAACAGCCAGGAUGAUUUUUCUCGGUCCCAGCCACAGACUUCUGAAUCCCAGCCACACAACCAGGACCAAUUCAGCCUAGACUUGAACCAGCAAUUUGGUGAUGACUACUCGUCACCUGCUGUUACCUCUCCAACAAACUUUCAAAGUCCCAGCUAUGGUGGCGGUGCCCCUCAGGGCCAACAGCAGAACCUAGCUCCCAACGACCCAUACUUUAGUACCUUUGAAUUCCUUUCCUCGCCAACGCAACAACCCGUAUCCCCCAGAUAUCAACCACAAGGUGCUGGCAACAACAAUACCAACAACGAAUUUUCCGCUGGUUUUGGUCAACAGGUAUCGGACCCAUUGCAAUUUAACAUGAAUGACAAUUUUACCAAUUUGGACCAGUUGGUAUCACCAGAGAACAAUAUGAAUAACUCGGGUAUGAACAUCUUUUCCUCUGCCCAGUAUUUUUCCCCAAACACGAGAACCAAUCAUUAUAACCAUUUAUCGGCUAUCGCCGAGGACAGCUUGCCAAACCUGUAUCAGAACACCUUCAGUCCGGAGCUUUCGAGGCAUGGAUCGGUUAGUAUUCCACCCCUGGGGGAUCCGUAUGUCUCACCUCAAGCAAACGCCUUCUUAUCACCACAGUCAAGGCCACAUGAUAACUUUGACUCGCUUAGGUCUCCCUAUGGUGGUGCUUCUUAUCCGAACUCUCCACCACCUCCACUCAACUUGAACAUGAGUAAGAGCAUACCUACUGCAGUGAAUUUCAAUCAGACAUCUUUUAAUGAUUCUCAGAGACAGCAAAGGCAAUCAAUUGAGGAUGCGUUGUCUCCUCCAAGUCUGCUGUACUUGGGUACAUCAGCUCCAAGUAACUCGAAGAAGCCGGAACCUUAUCCAAGUUCUUCCAAACAACUAACUCAGGAGGAGAAGGCGAAGAGAAGAAGAGAGUUCCAUAACGCAGUUGAGCGUAGGCGACGUGAUUUGAUUAAGGAGAAGAUUAAGGAACUCGGAUUCCUCGUUCCUCCAUCUCUUCUAAACCCCCACGUCUGCGCAGUGCAGAAUCUACUGAAGCAACCGCAUCAGAAUCCUCCAGAUAUCAAGGAACUACUUCAAACAGUUAAAGUCAGAGAGACGAAGCCCAACAAGGCCACGAUCCUUCUGACUUCUGUGGAUUACAUUGAGCAUUUGCAGAAGGUCGCCGACCGCCAAAAGCAGCGUCGUGAAGAACUAGAACAGGAGAUUGCAGAACUUGAAGGAGGUGUUGGUAACGUCAAGCUCACAGAAACAGACAAUGCUAAUUUGAACAAUUCAUCUGACCUUCAAGAACAGCUUCAGUCACCCAACCAGGACACUCAAUUUAAUCCAGACGACUUCUUUUCUGAAGUCAUCAGUGAUACUAAUCAGUUCUAG